GUCUUUUCAACAGCGUAAGAAUCAUCGUUCGCAUACUUCGAGAUAUAUCAUCCGGGGUAUUGUCUCCUUAGUACAAGGGAGGAAUUAUGGGUAUAGAUGCAAUGCUACCUUUUCGUGCAAGCUAUCGGCACAUUUACAUCUACAUAGGCGCCGGCUACCACUAGGUUGGUAGUAGUGUAAAAUCGUCUGCGCGCGAUGCAUCGCUGUUAACGUCUGUCUCCUAAGCUAAAGAGAAACCAGCUGAAUCUAAUAUAUUAUUCGGUCUGUCCCGGGCUCCUCAUCUCUUAAGCAGCUCAUCGAAUGUUGUACGCUCCUUUUCCAUCUUAGGAUCAUUUCUAUUUCUACGCUCUCUAGUGGGCUUAUCCGAAACCUUGACCAGCUGGCUGGCGGUAUUAACUUUAUGAGAUUUUAAUAUCAUUAUUCACUAUACUUUUUAUAAUACUUCGUUCUUUAUCGACGCUCCUUCAUUACGAGAUACCCUCCUAUUUGCCAAUAUUUGAUCUCCAGGCGAGAUGGCUCCUCUUAUAUUUACUCUCAUCUUUACUCUCUUUGUACGAUAUAGCACUGGAUUGCAGGUUACGCCGAACUCGCCCUGCGCCUCGCUUUGUGUUGACUCUACCGGCCUCGACUUUUCCGAUCCUAACUCAUCAAACACUGGCAAUUCGGAUAUUUCGUGUUAUGAUACGGAGUACUCUACUUCGUCUGCUGGCAAAAAGUUCCAAAAAUGCAUGAGUUGCCUUCAAGAUAGUAACUUUGCUCAAGGGGAUGAAAGCGACCAGCUUUGGUUUUUAUAUAACCUCAGAUAUACGUUUGACUAUUGCAUUUUCGGGUUUCCUAAUGCCACAGGAGUAGCAUCCACUCCAUGUGCGACAUCUACUGCUUGUGGGGGGCUUAAAGAGGCUUUGACAGACGGCAAUCUUGAUCCUAAGAAGAACGGCUAUUCGUAUUGUAGCUCAGACGACAUGCCCAACGCUGCAGUCUCAGAGUGCAAGGCUUGCGUAAGCGUUCUUGAUGACCAAGACUACUUAGCCAACUUCCUCAUCGCUCUUGACGCAGGGUGCCAACAGCGGCCACCUACUGGAACUCUAAUUGGUCUGAAUGAUACAGUCUUCACCAAAACCACGAUUAGUUCUGUCGAUCCUUCCAUCGAAAAGUCCGAAGAUAAGAAGCAAUCUACCCUAUCGGUAACCCAGAUAGUGGGGAUUGCAGUUGCUGCUAUUGUCAUCGUCUUAGCCAUAGCUGGCUUUUUAUUCGUACGUUGCCGUAGACGUCGCAACCGCCGUCUUCUACUUGGAGACGUCAAAGCAUCAACAAUGGCGCAGAAGAGGAACCGCCAUCGUACUGUUUCUACACUAUCAUUUCGGUGCCAAACACACUUAACUCCUAGGUCGGCGGCAUUCUUCCCAAAUCCGUCUGACGGCAUCAUUGAAGAGGAGAAUCCUUACGCAGGCCCACUCUCUGCCCUUGCUUCUCACCCUGUUUACCCGGAGUCACCAAGACAGACUUUGAACAACAACACGGGUCUCAACUCUUUCUCUAGGUCAGACAAUAAGGUCAUACCACACAACAUUGCUACGGCCAUACCCGCGAUCCCAAAUAAUGUACACUACUCAACUUCGCCUAAGGCCGCGUUCUUCUCCCCCACCGACGAGCCUGCUAGCACCACUAGUACUAAGAGCACUGCACAACUUCUACCUCUAAGGCAGUAUAACCCUGCUGAGUACUCAGAUAGCUCACCACAAAUGGGCACCAACCCCAACACCGUAUUCAGUAGUCCAAUAUCUGGCUCUACUGCUAGCCCCCUUAUAAGCCGAGCCUGGGAACGGGGUACGCCAACAUGGGAUAUGCCGCCUCGCAGUUCCAGCCGACCGACAGGAGGCGGGGCCUGGGAAAGGGUAGCCGCCGGUAUCGCGGCGAAGAAUCGGAGGACUAGUAAUACAGGAAGUCCGGUAGAGACUAAGCAUAUUAAUUUCAACUUUCCUCCUCCGCCGACAGGGCGGUAAUCUAUAUAUACCCAUAUACCAUGUACAAAUAUAUGUAAUAACUACCUAACA